AUGCGGCCUGAAGGUAGUCGCAAGUAUGUCAUCCCAAGACUUCGAAACUUGUACAACUUUGGCGUGGCGUUGUUCGUCGCAGUUGGAAGUCUAUGUUAUGGAUACGCCUCGUCGAUAUCCGCCGCGUUGAUCGGUCAACCGUCCUGGUACGAUUACAUGGGCCUGGAAGAAGGCACAUCUCACACCAAUGCAAUCCUUGGGGCCAUCAAUGGGGUGUAUGCAGCCGGUGGGGCCAUCGGGUGCGUCUUCAACAUGUGGAGUUCAGAGAAGCUCGGUCGAAAGCGUAGCAUCCAGCUUGGCUGUAUAAUCUCCAUUGUGGGCGCGGCGAUCAUGACAGGAUCCGUGGACAUCCCGAUGUUCAUCGUGAGCAGGUUUAUCAUGGGUUUUGGUAUCGGGAUCCUCGUCACUUUGGUACCGCUUUAUCAAUCCGAGGUCUCGCCUGCUGAAAGUAGAGGCCUCAUGGUCGGACUGCACGGCGUUCUAAUUGGUUUUUCGUAUUCCCUCACUGGCUUCAUAACAUACGCCUGCUACUUCGCUCCGUACGGCCAAUUCCAAUGGCGAUUCCCACUAGCGGUGCAGCUCAUACCGACGAGCACACUGCUGAUCGGCUCCUUCUGGCUGCCCUUCUCCCCACGAUGGCUCCUGUCUAAGAGCAAGGCUGAUCAAGCAUGGCGAGUUACCCAAAGGCUUCAUGCUAACAGAAGCGACCCCGAUGAUAGCUAUGCUCGUGCCGAGUACCAUCAGAUGCAAGCUCAGUUCGACUUCGAAAAGAGCAUGAAUGCAGUUGGAACUCUCGCGCAGGCAAGGCUGGCAUUUAGCCAAGGCAGCUUCAGGAAACGUUUAGCGAUUGGCUUUGGUGUGCAGUUCUUCAACCAGACAACUGGUGCUCUCGUCAUCAACAAUUACUUAACGCAAAUCCUCUCUCGCCUUGGAGUGACCGGUGGGACGCCAUUAUUGCUCAUAGGCAUCUAUAACCUAUGCACGGUGCCGGGUAACCUGUGCAAUGGUUUGUUCAUCGACCGAGUCGGUAGAAGGAACUUCGUGCUUGUGGGAUGCAUUGGCAUUAUAGUUUGCCUAUCCGGUGAGGCGGCAAUGACAGCCGAAUUCGUCCAGACCGGCUCCAACAAUCGGGUCGGUUUGGCUUGGGGUGUCGUAUUCAUCUUUCUAUAUGUCAUCUUUUACAGUUCGUGUUUGGAUGCAACGAUGUAUCUGAUUCCCUCAGAGAUAUUUCCGAUGGUGAUUCGCAGUUUUGGAGUGUCUUUCAGCAUUCUCGGCCAGUUCAUCGCAACAGUAAUUCUGCUGGAGGCAGCUCCGACAGCGUUUCAGAAUAUUGGAUACAAGUUCUGGAUUAUCCUGAUUUGCCUGACUGUCUUAUACGCAGUCUGGGUAUAUUUCUUCCUCCCAGAGACCAAGGGCAUGACGCUGGAGGACAUCAGCGUCCUGUUUGGAGACCCUGUCGAGCUCAGCUUCGAGCAAGCCUUGGUGAAGCAAGAAAAUGCGACAGAUGAAGAUGCGAAAACGCACACUGCGCAUGUCGAGAGCCUUUCUGGGCCGUUAUGA